AUGGCGGUCAUGCCAAGUGAUAGCUCCGAUAAAAAUAUAUUAAACCAACUCCAAAAUAAUUUCUUUAACGUUCAAGACAAGUACAAGGUGCUUGUUGAAUAUGACAGUAGCAAUGACAGAGUGAAAUGGAACGGUAACUUUGAGAAUUUGAAAACUUUUGUGGCCGAUUUGUUUGGCGAACAAAGCAAGUGGAUUUCUCCUGGCGGGCGAGCAAAAUCCUUUCGCAGUAGCCAAGUCUCAAUUACCUGGUACCCUCUCAAAAAGUCACUUGUGUUUCAAGGACAAGCUGGUAUUAAAUUGAAAGAUUUGAUCAUCGGUUUGGCUGGCUCAAAUAUGGCGAAAGACUGCGGAAAUAUUACUCUGAGUAGCGUUAUAGAUCAAGAAAAUUUUGACCAGCUAGCAGGAAACGUUACUAACAUUGAGUUGUCCGUCAAACAUAUUGGUGUUGCAAUGAAGAAACUCGAUAAAGAUUUCCAGCUGAUGGCAAACUAUAUAAAAGAUCGCGACAGGAACCUUAGAGACACGACUCGUGAUAUUGGUGUUCAAACAGACUUUGACUUGGUAAGUGAAACGCGUGCCCAAAGCCAAACGGUUUGUUCUGUCUCGCAUAGCGAACUCUCAACAGAAUUAGAGGGAGCCAAGCUAGACAUUGUUUUGAUGGAGUCUAAAAUUGUUUGUGGUCUUCUAACAAAUACCCAAAAAAUGGAACAAAUUCGUGUUGAAUUAGUUGAUCAAAACAAGGCUUUAAGCAGCAAGGUAGAAGCUUUAGAACUAGACUUAAAAACCUGUAAAUUAACCUACACGAAUUGGAACAAAGGAACACAAUUAAUUACUCGAAUCAACAAUGUGGCUCAAUUACACCUAUGGGAGAUCGGUCGAUUAAUUCCCAAAUAG